AUGCGCCUCGGGCUCGGCGCGCCUGGGCUGCUGCAGCUCUUCCAGCUGUUGCGGCAGCUGGAUUUCUCCCCGGCCGGCGCCCAGACGGGGGAUGGCUGUGGUCACUCUGUGUUGAUGCCUUACAGUGGGACGCUGGCCUCCAAGAACUAUCCUGGCACCUACCCCAACUUCACAUCCUGUGAGUGGAGGAUCCACAUGGCUACUGGGAACCACCUCAGCCUGGUCUUUGGAGACAUGGACAUUGAGGCCUCAGAACAGUGCAAAACUGGCUUCUUGUUGCUUUCUUCUGAUAGCUCCAGCUAUGGUCCGUACUGCAGUAACUCAGACCUACUCCACACAGUCUUGGUGGUAAAUACUAGCUCAGUAACCAUCUUGUUCAAUAGCACGGUGCACCGCUCAGGACGUGGCUUCCUCCUUUCCUAUGCCAGCGGCAACCAGCCAGAUUUGAUUUCCUGUUUGCAGAAGGGAAUCCAUUACAGCAAGGAACAACUCAGAGUGUACUGUCCCGCAGGCUGCAAGGAAGUGCCAGGAGACAUCUGGGGCAACAUGAAGCAAGGCUACCGAGAUACCUCAGUUCUUUGCAAAGCUGCUGUCCAUGCGGGCAUGAUCUUAGAUGAACAGGGAGGACAGGUGACGUUAUCACAAGGAAAGGGGAUCACUCUGUACGAAUCGUCCUUUGCUAACGGACUCUACUCAAAAAGGGGACCCUUAUCUGAAAAACGGCUCAUCUUUCACAAAGACUGUGAUGGAGUCCUGGAAGCAUCCCGCUUCAAUGCAUCAUCCUACUGGCAUGAACAGAACACCAUGGGGGGAAAUCAGGCCUGGACAGCCGAACGCGCUGCUUUUAGUAGCGGUGGGAUCUCCUGGGCAGCAGAUCAGGGCUCUACACAAGAGUGGCUGGAGGUAGAUUUGGGCGGAAGGAGAAACGUCACAGGGAUUAUAACGAGAGGGUCAUCUCAUAAAUAUAACUACUACAUAAAGUCUUACCGAGUCCUUUCUAGCCGGGAUGGAAAGAACUGGAAAGUCUAUAAGUCCAGCAACGGAGAAGAAAAGGUCUUUGAAGGAAACAGUGACAGCCACCAAGAGGUCUCCAACACUUUCAUCCCACCAAUCCUGGCCCGUUACCUGCGCAUCACACCCCAAAGCUGGAACCAGAAGGUUGCGCUAAAAGUGGAGCUGUUGGGAUGCCAGGCGGCACGCGUCAAGGCACUGCACCCAUACAGCAAUAAUGGAAUCCACAGUGGCCCCAAGGGGCUUCCUGUCCUGACCAGCACGCCAACCGUUUUCACCCCAAACCCUGGAAUAGUAAUCAAUUCUGAGAAAAGAGGUCCUCCACUACUGGUGAUGUUGCUGAUUGGGGGAUUUGUUCUUAUCUCCUCUGCCCUUCUGCUGCUGGCUUUCCUCUGCCUUAAGAAGAAGAGGAAGACAGCAGUAGAUCAGGACUGUGGCCUCAUAAAAGGCUGUCCAACAUCAGAGGCUAACCAGAUCUGUUCCAGACGCAGCCUGCAACAGUCUGCUUCAGAAAUGGCCUCAUUCCCUGGGGCAGGGGCCUCAGCAGACCUGAAUGGAGCUCUUUCACCAGAAUAUGCUGAGCCAGAUGUAGUUCAAGUCAGCCCCACCAGUCAGACGGUACCAUCCACAUUCAAGCCUGACCCGGACGAAGGUUACACACUCCCCCUAGUGGUGAAUCACUACGACGUGCCAGGGAAGUACCAUGAGUAUGCUGAGCCGUUGCCCCCAGAGCCAGAGUACGCCACACCGUUCACAGAGCAGCCCGCUGAGCCAGAGGGGGCCGCUUUCCGGAAGAACGUCUGCGUCAUCAAAGUCAUUCCCUCCUCCCAAAGCCAGCCAGGGUCCUUAGGUUCACCAGGGUGCCCCGAGCCCCAGGUGCAAUACGACUGCCCUGCUCAGCGGCCUGCCGAGAAGCCGAACAGUGCAGCAGAUGCAGCCGGCAUGCUGGAGGGCUCGGUGACACCCACCCACGGGGAACUACAAAGCGAUCGGACUCUGAGCUCAAGCGAUGAAUCCCCUGCCGCACAGCCAGCUACCUCUCUGCAAGGAUGCCCCCUCCAGCUCAGGGACUUCCCCCUUGCACACGUCUAUCACGAGCCCUUUUGA